AUGAUUGCUGCAAUAACAAUUAUAUUUACUGCUUAUCAUGCUGGAUAUAAAAAUGAACGUACUUAUUACAUAAACGUAUUACUUAUUCUUGGAAUAGUUGGUUUUAUAUUCUUAAUCAGCAUAGAAGAAUGCUCGAAUUUUAAAUAUAUUGCUUCUAUAUUAGCCUGUAUGGGCACAUGUACAAUACUUCCGCUGAUUCUAUCAUGGGCUACUGCCAAUAUUGGAGGACAAAGAAAACGUGCUGUUGCUUCGGCUCUUAUUAUUGUCCUCAUCAUGGUUCUUCUAUUAAAAUUUCUGUUGAAACGUGAAAAGAAACGUCGUGAACUAUUAGACGGCAGAAGACUUGCUGCAGAAGAUACAGAAUAUGCAUCAACAGAUAAGCAUCGCAGUUUCAGUUAUAUAUUAUGA